AUGCAGCGACGCAGUGUGCAGCAGCAGCUGCUGCUGCUGCUGGUGCCGCUGCUGCAGCCACUCAUCACCUCUGUUGUGCAUGUCUGUCUUUCUUGA